AAACCACUCCAAAACCGCUGCAGCAAAACGGCUGCGGCCGUGGUCUUCGUAGUCUGCUUCUCUGAGAUGGAAGCUGGCGGGGAUAGUUCUUUUUCCAAGGCUUCUUCUCUGAGAUGGAGAAUCCUUCGCCGUGCCAUUCUUCCUCGUGCUUCUCCACAAAAUCUUGAUGAAGAGUCUCAAUCGGGCAUUAGGAGUGUCUCGAGGAAGGCGACGAAAGGAUUUAACUUGAUUCCAUUCCAGCUGGUGCACGAAGAUUCACCGUCUAGAGAUGCUGUCUGUGCUAUGCUUUGUCCAUUAAUGGAUCUCUCAAGCUUGUUCUAACCCAAAGAGUGGAUAACUGUGCUGACCUCAAAGAUUUUGAGAUCUGUAAUAAAUACAACAUUGACAAUGCGGGCAUGUCUGUAAUUCUUGAUCAUCUGUGCUUAUGAACUUUCGCACUAUUAUUAAUUUGGUUGCUUGCUUUAAUCCUGCAAC